AUGGCGUCAGAAGUGCCCGAGACACUCCCUACGCCCGAAGAGAAUGCUGUAGAACAGGAACCUUCACUUCCCUACGAGGAUCUGGCUGAACUCGAGUUCUCCCAAGUCCGUCAAGGUCCACGUAUAUCCUCUGUUCACAACUUUCCCGAACAGUUCUAUGGCCCAGUCUCAAUACGAAAUUUUAUUGCUGGACAUACCAAGAAGGUCCUUAGGACGUCGGUCUCUAAGAACGCUCUGAUACUGAGGGAGGUCUUCAUCAGGUUGCCGAUUGAGCUCAAACUAUGUGUCUUGGAGCACCUUCACCCACUGGACCUGUACCACUUCUCCCAGGUGUCAAAGGCGUUGAGGAGAAUCAUCAUGGACCCCAAGGCAGCGGGAGUGUGGAAAACGUCGUUCGAACACCACUCCGGCCUACCUAAACCUCCUCCCUUUGUGGCUCGGCCCCAGUGGGCACACAUGCUUUUUGGACCUGGAAUUUGCGGGGAAUGCGGAAAGCUUGGUGCACUGACAGACUUUGGCCUCCUCAAGCGUCACUGUGAGCCAUGCAUGCUCACCUGCACCAACUUUACAAACGGUUUCAAGGACACUUGCGGCCGUGGUGUACCACAGGAUCAUGCCAUUUGGUCGCUCAUACCCCGUUCCUACCGAUACAACGCUAUGCGCUAUACUUCGGCCCACCAGACUCAGUCCAACGCCCGAUUCGUGGAAAAAGACUUCCGGCCGAUGAUCAAGAAGAUUACAUUAAUACACCUUUUGAUAGAUAAUGGUGUAUCUCAACUUUCCGAACCAUUUGAUGAGUAUAAGGAGGCGUUGUCAGCACGGAUCGCGGAAUUGAAUGAGCGUGCCGCCGAGACCAAUUCCUGGGCAUUGGAAAUGUACCGCCUGUGCACGAACGAAUGUGACAAUGCCUACAGAGAUAAUACUGAAACAUACAAGAAACGUCUUCUCAAUCUCGGACACGAGGCUCAGGAUGUUGACUAUGUCCAAUACUCAAUUUCUCAUGCUCUUCGUAAGAAUGUUGUCCUUAAUCUGACACGCAAAGCAUUCCGUAAGCUACGGCCACUAGUGGAGCAGAUCGUAAGAACCCGCAAGGAAAACCGUUUGAAAGUUGAGCGCCAGCAGCUCAUCCAAGGCAUCUACAAAGACUACCUGAAGUCACAGAACCCAGACAGCUGGCAGUACCUUCCGCAAGAACACCUCGUUCGAGACAUCGAUGGUUUCUCCGACUUCCUUAAUGCACCGUUCGACAAGCGGGGCGACCUUUCUCCCGGUUUCGCAGCGUCCCUCUUCCCAGACUUCAUCUCGAACUGGACAAGGACACAGCAGGAGGAGACAGUUGGUCUCCUGCCCCAGGUCGGUGGCGAAGAAGAUAUACUGGCGAAGUUGCGCCGGCUCGAGCUCGUCACAUCCGUCUUCACCUGCAACGACUGCAAGUACAAGUAUGCGGACGGCCGCGUGUUGCUCGGAUGGAAUAACAUAUGUAGGCAUAAGCGCGGACUAGUGCCAGGGCACACUUCCCCGUGCGGGUCGUACACGCUCGACGAGGACGCGGUAGCCGCGGCCACGGCGCUGGUGUCGUGUGUCGGCCUCGACCCGUCAACAACGACGAUCAAGCAAAUGGACGAGCGCGACGAUAGGUUUAUGUGCGGAAACUGCAUGUCCGAGACAUCAAGAGGGGUUACGGGGCUGAGGGUCUACACGUGGAGAGAAUGCAUUUAUCAUGUCGUCGAGGAGACCCUGCAGAACGACCCGGUCCAUUCGCUUGCCUCAUGGAUCCUUUUGACGCCUGAGGCCGCAAGAUUUGUAAAGGAGCAGGAGCACCCCCACCCCCACCCUGUCCAAGAAGUCUGGCGGUGCAAUCUUUGCGCGGAACACUUUGAUACGCGUCUUAUCCAGAGCCAGGCGAUCGAUCAUGUGAAGCAAGUUCAUUGCAUCAAAGAGCCCGUAGUCGGCGUCGACGUCGUGGUUGACAGGAGACAGAAUGUUCGAAGGCGACGUCCAUUCCGUCUAGGCUUGGAUCCCGCAUUUGAGUAUCGAUGCGACAGGUGCCCGGAGAUGGGCAUCUACAAGCUGUGGCCCUUGGAGAAAUUGAUGGAACACUUGCUCAAGAAACACAAAAUCUCUGAAGCAAUUGAAGGUGAGGACUGGACAAAGAUCAAAGUCAUCGCCAACACUGCAUCUGCCUCUCCGUCUACGGAUGACUCGCCGGAACCAAUCACUGAAGGACAAUAG